AUGCCGCGACUUCCGAAACCAACGCCGAUUACUCUCCAAAAGUUCGAUGGAAACAUCGACGAAUGGUUGAGUUUUAGGGAUCUUUACACCUCACUAAUCCAUUGGAAGACCGAUUUGCCGGAUGUCGAGAAAUUUCAUUAUUUGCGCAGUAGUGUGAUAGGCGAGGCUUUGUCUCACAUCGCGAACAUAAGGAUCUCUAAUGCUUGGGAAACCCUGACUAAAGAGUACAACAACCACAAACUGCUGAAGAAGAGGCAAGCGCAGUCCUCCUUCGAGCUUCCUAUUCUGGUGAAGGAGUCCGCAAAGGAUCUGCACAAGCUGGUGGAAUCGUUCAAUAUGAUCGUUCAGUCCCUGGACCAGGUGGUUCAGCCCAACGAUUACAAGGAUCUACUUUUGGUGGAACUUCUGAGCUCAAGGUUGGACCCUGCCACGCGGCGUGGAUGGGAGGAGUUUACAUCUACGAAGGAAACGGAUUCUUUGAAAAAUCUGACGGAUUUUCUCAUGCGUCGAGUACGGAUUCUCGAAGCGUUACCUGUGAAGACGUCGGAGUACAAACAGGACUCUAACGCUGCCGCGAAGAAGAAACCGUUUCAGGUUCGGGUGAGCCACAACGCUGUCCAGAAGCCGAUCUCAAAAUGCCCAGCGUGUCCCGAAUCGCACGGACUCUACAUCUGUCCGACUUUCCAAAAAAUGUCGGUCGCGAGUAGGGAAUCUUUCAUCCGUAACAACAACCUCUGUCGCAACUGUCUGAGGUCAGGUCAUCAAGCCAAGAAGUGCACAUCUCGCUUCUCGUGCAGGAACUGCAAGGCCAGACAUCAUACGAUGGUAUGUUUCCAACCGGAAGGAGGAGGAAAUGCGCGUAGUAACCCGACCGAGAUGGUGCCGACUACGAGCAACAACAAUCAACGCCAAUCUACGCCAGGUGAAACCGCAAGCACAGCCGCUGGUGAGCAGGUGUCCUCCCACGUGGCUAAUCGUCGAACGUCGAAAAUACUAUUGGCAACCGCUGUAGUACUGAUCGAGAACGAGCAUGGUCUUCGCGUACCGGCACGUGCGCUGCUCGACUCCGGAUCUGAAUGCAACUUCAUAUCGGAGAAACUUUGUCAACAACUGAGGAUACAACGGGAAAAGGUCGACGUUUCGAUCACUGGCAUCGGAAAUGCCACCACCAAGGCUAAACACAGGGUUCAAGCCACCAUCAAGUCACGGUUUUCGAUCUUCUCAAGGGACCUUCACUUUAUCGUGCUUCCAAAGGUCACAGUUGAUCUCCCAAUGACUCAAGUGGACAUCACGGAAUGGGAAAUUCCAGACGGCAUCGAUCUGGCCGAUCCGUCAUUCUUCAAACCAGGGAGUGUCGAUCUGGUGAUUGGCAUUCAGGCAUUCUUCAGCUUCUUCAAGACUGGGAAAGAGCUGUCGCUCGGCAACGGAUUGCCAACUCAAACUGAAUCGGUUUUCGGUUGGAUCAUUUCCGGCGAGGUGGUAGAGACUUCACAACCAACUACGAUCACCUGCAACAUGGCGCUCACUGAUCGGUUGGACGAGUUGCUGGAGAGGUUUUGGGCCUGCGAGGAAGUAGGUGACUCCAACAACUACUCGGUGGAUGAAACUCGCUGCGAGGAGCAGUAUCAGCGCACGGUGAAACGGGCACCGGAUGGGCGCUACACGGUCACUCUACCAAAACACGAAGGAGGUUUGGAACAGCUAGGCGACUCGGAGGAGAUCGCAACCAAACGGCUGUACGGAUUGGAAAGGAGACUGGAAAGGGACCUGGAAUUGCGUAAACAGUACAACGACUUCAUGACGGAGUACAUAAGUCUAGGGCACAUGGAGAAGGUGGAUGACGAUUCACGGGCGAACGUCAAGCGGUGCUUCCUUCCGCACCAUCCUGUUCUACGCGAGUCAAGCACUACAACAAAGUGUAGGGUGGUGUUUGAUGCAUCAUGCAAAACUUCCACGGGCGUCUCCUUAAACGACACACUGUUGGUAGGGCCAAUAGUGCAACAAGACCUGCGUACGAUCAUGCUACGAGCUCGCGUUCGCCAGGUGAUGCUGGUCGCCGAUGUCGAGAAAAUGUUUCGACAGAUCGACAUGGACCCUGAGGACCGACCACUUCAAAGCAUCAAAUGGAGGUUUGGACCGGACGAGGAGGUGGCCUCGUACGAGCUAUCCACGGUGACCUACGGCACCAAGCCUGCACCGUUCUUAGCAACACGCACACUCAAGCAGCUCGCGACUGACGAACGGGAACGGUUCCCGUUGGCGGCGGAAUCUGUCGACGAUGACAUUUACAUGGAUGAUGUUAUUUGUGGAGCUGCUGAUCUGGACACCGCAAUCAACCUGCGCAAACAGUACGAUGGAAUGAUGGCCAGCGGUGGGUUGAGAUUGCGGAAAUGGGCGUCGAACUGGGAAGACGCACUCAAGGGAGUUCCGAACGAGAAUUUGGCUUUCGCUGACGAGGUCAGCUGGGAUCAGGACGCUAGCGUUAAGACACUGGGUCUGACGUGGCUACCGAGAACUGAUCAAUUCAGGUUCAACUUUCAAAUUCCUGAACUCAAAUCCAAUCAACCUUUGACGAAACGGAUCGUCACGUCAAUUGUCGCACGACUUUUCGACCCACUCGGCUUGAUAGGAGCUUGCGUCGUUGGGGCGAAAAUCUAUCUCCAGGAGUUGUGGGAUCUGAUCGAUAAGGAAACUGGGAAACCGAUCGACUGGGACACGGAGUUGCCAGCGACGGUGGGUGAGAAAAUUCGACGUUUUUUGCUAAAAAUUCCACACUUAAACGAGCUUCGAAUUCCGCGCUGUGUGCUGGCACGAGGAGCCACAAAGUUCGAGCUGCACUGCUUCACGGACGCGUCUGAAAAGGCGUACGGAGCGUGCGUUUACCUUCGCAGCAUGGACGCUGAAGGCAACAUUUCGGUUCACCUGUUGACGUCGAAAUCGAAGGUCGCACCCCGCAAACUCCAAACUCUGCCCCGCCUUGAGCUCUGUGGUGCGCAUCUGGGAGCACUACUUGUGGAAAAGGUUCUGCAAGCUCUGAAGGUCUCGGUGAACGUGUACUACUGGACGGAUUCAACCUGCGUUUUGAUGUGGCUAAGGGCUGUACCAAGCACCUGGGUCACGUACGUGGCCAAUCGCGUCGCCAAGAUUCAGGCUUUGACGGCAGGUCACACUUGGCACCACGUACCAGGAACGAUCAACCCAGCUGAUCUGAUAUCACGUGGAAUACCGCCUGACAUGAUCGGAAGCAACGUCAUCUGGUGGGAGGGACCGAUUUUCUUGAAAUUGGAGAAGGAUCAAUGGCCAUCGCAACCAACCGUGUCCCCGGAUGAGGCACCGGAGAGGAGGAAGACGGCCUGCACAGCAACUCAAGAACAAACACCGUUCAGCGUUGACUUCGUUUCAAGGUAUUCGUCGUACAUGAAGCUCGUCAGGUCAACGGCGUACUGGUUACGGUUGAAAGCUAUGCUGCAUCACCAAACAUCACCUAAGCAACAUAAAUUCCUCUCUGCGACGGAGUUCAAGCGUGCUGAACUGGCCAUCGUCGGAAUGGUCCAACGGGAGGUGUUCGCGGACGAACUGAAGGCUUUGUCGGAAGGGAAGUCGGUUGCACGAAGCUCUCCACUGCGCUGGUUCACCCCUGCUGUUGACGAAAACGGUAUUCUACGCGUGGGUGGAAGGUUAUCGCACUCGCAGGAGACACACGACACCAAGCAUCCCAUGGUUUUGCCAGCUAAGCAUCCGCUGACUCAGCUGAUCUUCGAGGACUACCACGAACAACUGCUGCAUGCUGGACCACAACAACUUCUCGCAGCAGUUCGGCAGCGUUUCUGGCCGCUAGGAGAUGACCCUACAGACCUAGAACCCCUGACUCCUGCCCAUUUCUUGACUGGAGGACCAAUCCAUGCGCUACCGGAACCGGACUACAGCAACGAGAAGCUGAACCGCUUGAGUCGUUGGCAGCUGGUACAACGACAGCUUCAGGACUUCUGGACACGCUGGAGGAAGGAGUACCUGACUCAGCUGCAAGCCAAGCCAAAGAAUUGGAAAUCGCCGGUCAAGGUGGACGUCGGCAUGCUGGUAAUCAUCGUGGACGAGAAUCAACCUCCGAUGCGUUGGAAACUCGGACGGAUCGAAGAACUGCACCCUGGAGACGACGGAGUUGUUCGAGUGGUGACCGUUAGGACAGCUACUCGGAGCUACAAGCGGCCAGUCGUCAAGCUUUGCAUACUCCCAACACCUGAUUCUUCAACCGAGUCUUCAUGA